GUGCAAAAUUUGAUGAGAAUUGGUUGAGCGGUGCAAAAGAAAAACGCGGACGAAGAAGUUGCAAAGUCAAGUAUAAGAAUUUCGCUCGCCUUCGACUCGCUCGCUCAGUAAUUAUCACGAUUGUCUGAUUAAAACUAUCGAAGUAUGUAUCAACGUUUCGAAAAUUUAAGGAGUCGUGAAAAUCGUUCAGAAUUGCGCGCAUUUAUUCGAGACACAAAUGUCGAAGAGCUCGUUAAAAUAAUACGCAAUAGCAUCUGUAAAUUGGACGGACCAAAAAUAGUGGACGAUAUUUUACAAGAAUUCUCCGAUUCGGAAGCUUGUCAAACAAAGCGACGUAUUUUGGUUGAAGCUGUUUUGAAAGAUUUGGGAAAUGUUAAAAUAUCAACUGGACAAGUGGAUGCAAUCGUCAAUCGAAUAAUCGUUGACUUUCCAAAAUAUUCAAAACAAAAUCUCGUUAAACUUGUUGAUUUUUGCCUUAUCAGUAUUCAUAAUAAUAAUGACUCGUUACAUAGCUGGAAAGAUUUGUUGCCAGUCCUAUUGGAAAUGCUUGAAAAUGAAAAAUACCUUGUCCACGCGGAUACAGAAGUUUCUGGCGACGAAUAUAAAUCGUUAAUCAUUAAAGCGAUAUGUGAUUAUCGAUGGAACGUGAAUCUUUUACCAUCUUUGGCAAAAAUGUUUGGAGAUAUGGCUUUAGGUAAGGCUCAUCGUAAUCAAGUUAUAAAGGCAUCUUGUUCCGCUUUGGCUGACCUUUCUUUAGAUCAAGUACCACCGUUUGUAUAUCAAAUACUAAAGUUAUGUAAAGAGCGAGAUUGUCUAUACCUUUUGAAUGCCCUAAACGAGUAUUUUCGAGCGUCUUAUGCGAUAGCGAUGUCUAACGACGAUAAAGAUAGUCUCGAAGACAUCGGGAUAAUUGGUACGAAAGAAGUACAAGAUACAGAGAGUACAGUAUUAUACUACAUAUAUCAGGCUGCUCAACUGAAUCAUGAAAAUAUGAAGGAUUUUAUUCGUCAUCUAAAGAACGUGUCUUCUGCUUCAGAAUAUAUAUUACAACCAUUUAUACUUGCUGCACUAACGACAAUUUCCAGCAUCUACCAAGAACAGAUCUUCGAAACACUAAGGUCGACCAUCGUCAACAGCAGUGUAGAGAAAGAGAAACGAGAAGGUAGUGCAUGGUUGAGGAAAUUAAUACCUUUUCCUUGCAAUGUUAUUGAAGUUGUACGGCAAGUUAUAGAUUGCAGUAAUAAAGAUCGGCACUUGAUAUUAAAAGGAUUCAUGAAUUUAGCCUUUGCAUUAAUGAGUUCGGACCAAAAAUUAAAAAAUAAUACAACAGUAACGGUACGCAUAGGGGCAGAAAUAAUUCGAGAAGUAAUUAAAAAACGUCACGAAACGAUCGCUACCGUGAUGGAAGAAUUGGUUAACAAAAUAGUUGCAGGCGGUGCAUCAACGACUUAUUAUAUAGAUUGUUUAAAUUACGCUUGCCGUGAAUUAUCGAUACUUGUUUUGGAUCAUCAAAUCUGGAUCAUGAUUCUUCUCGAACGUUUGCUCUUUUUACCUAGCGCAGUUGCUAAUCAAGCAUUAUACGCUAUUUUUCCAUUGAUACGCAUUUCACCAAGUAUACGAGAAAACCUUAUUUUAACUUUACGGAAAGCCCUUUAUAGGAAAGGUGUAUCAAAACGGCAUAUGGCAGUUACCGGAUUUCUUGAAAUGUUGAAAUAUUCGAAAAUGCACUCGCUGGACAGUUUCAGACUCAGUCAACGUCAUAAUUCUUCUUCGUUCGUGACCAGUUCCAGUUCCAGUAUCAGAUCAGCGUUAACUCAAGCAACUUUAGAGUACAGUUCGCAACGAGAAAAAUCGGAAUGUGAGAAAACUUUGUGUUACGAAAUACUGGAUAUAUUGAAAAAGAGUUUUACUUAUGAAUUCGAAGUCAGACUACAUUUAUACGAAGGAUUAUAUGAUACCGUGAUAAAAAAUCCUGGAAUAACAGAAAUCGUGUUGGACAUGCUUCUUUCGCAUUUAAAUCUUUAUGUCCAUACGGACGAUGAUAUUUUGCCACCAGUGAAAUUUGACUUGUGCAUUAAUAUAAUCGGUACAGAGGUAGUUCCACAAGAACCAAUCGCAGAAUUAAUAUUUGCACUGCAAAAAAUAUAUCUUGGUACGACGUCAAAGAGAUCGACGAUUAUUUUCGAUAAAGUACGCGACACUUUAGAGUCAUUGCAUAAAAAAAUGAUAGCUACGGAAUUGGAUCAUCUAAAUCUGAAAGACGAUACAGAUUUAUUCGAGGAUUUAUCCAAGUCGCAGAUAAGGAUGAAAAAUCUUGCUGUAACUGUUACCAUUUACGAGGCUUUAACGGCAUUUAGAAUAGGAGAAUGUUCAAAAGGCAAUAUCGAGUGUUUCUCCAAAAUAGACGAUUUGUUUAAAUGUUAUACACGAUCAGUAGACUUUAUCAAAACGCAAUCCACAAAAAUGAAGAAACUCGAUAACGGCAAAGGCAAGAAGGACAAGGACGUAAAUAACACUAGCAGGAAGUUUGUCAAAUCGAAUAGCAUCAAAGUACCAAACACCGUUAUGGAUUUGGAUACGAUUUGUCAAAGCCUGUUACUUUUAUAUUCACAACCAUUUACCAUUCCUGAGGAAGUUGCGUUUCGAGAAAACGCGAGGUUUCGUUGUUACUUACUUGUAACGUUAGACCAAUUGUUACAACGUGCAAAAUUGGCCAUUAACAGCCCUCGAAUGGUGAACGAUCGGCACACAAACGCGUGCAUCGAGAUCGGCCGAUUAUUGUAUAAGCACUUUAUAUUAAAUUCGAAGGACGCAUUAGAAAACGACGAACAGAUAGCUGUAUUAGCUUUGCAAUGCUUCAAAGAAAUUUCUUGCUUCAUCUGUACGUUGCACUCGUCCGAGUUAGCGCGGUUUCUCGAUUUAAUUUUAUCGUCAAGAAAGGACACGAUAUCGAACGAUGUGAACUCGCAAUUAGAAGAACUGAUCUUCUCGUUAAAAGUUUAUUUGGAAAAUUCAUUGAUCGAAGAAACGAAUACCGACGAGAAGAAGAAAAUACCGUUUCUGUUGUUGGAAAUAAUCGAACAAUAUACGUAUAAAAUUAAUUACGAAAAAUAUAAUUCUGGAAAGAUACUCGAGUGUUUCAAGAAAGUUCUAGAAACGGAAUCGAUGAUCGAAAAUUCGAUUGUUUCUGCGAUUACACGGUUCUUCUUACGUCUAGAGGAACAUACUGAAGAAUACGGAGAGACGUUGUACGAUAUUUGUCUGGAAUUGUGUAAACAAGUUGGAAGCAUCGAUGGCGUUGAAUUAAUCGCGAACGAAGGAUAUAAGAUUAUACGCGAAGAUACCGCAUUAGAUAUCUAUAACGUACUAAAUAUUUGUAUAAAAGAAAAGCUAAAUAACGUGUGUUGGCUGUUGACGCGAUUAAAAGCGGAAGAUGCCGUUGCUCGAGCAUCCGGUGUAACCGACGAAACUCGAAAUAACGGUUUACGAGAAAAAGAACGAAAUCUAUGUAAACAAUUUUCUCGACUGGCACAGACGCUUUGUACGUUAGCUAAUACAUCGAUUGAACCAGGUCCAUGUACCGAUGUUACGUUUAAGAAUUUGCAAUAUUUUUAUCACUUGCUGGGAAAUCUUACAAAGUAUUUCUAUAUAAAAUCAAACGGUCAGAAUGCUGCAUUCCAAGCGGUCAAAUUCAUUCAAGUGAUUCAAUUAGCUGGUAAACCAUUGAAGUCUGCUUUCUAUAAUUUGGUUACAUACGUGGAGGAAAAUCAAAACAAAGCACGCUCGAAAUCUGACUCGCACGCGCAAAGAAAUAAAAUUUUAAAAGAAACCAAGGUAAUACCACGCGUAGUUUUUGAGAUCGAGCAGUUCAACAAAGAAAUUUUGUUACUCGGCAAAAAGACAUGCAUACCGUUGGAAAAUUAUAUGAAACAUAGCGUAACUAGAGAUUUUAGAAUCAAGAAUCCACAACUGGUCGAAGACCUCGAAAAAAUGGACACAAGCUUGCUUCUAUCUUCGACCUCGGAGAACGCGGACAACGAAAAUCACAACUUGAGCGCAGUUGGAUCUAUCGACGCCGCUGCCGACGACGACGACGACGACGACGACGACGACGACGACAACGCUGACGAUAGGACAGUUUCAAAUAAACGAUUCAAGACGGUGGAUGAAAAUAAUCUGGAUUAAAAUUUCUGUUUGUUGCCUUUCAAAACAUUUGUCUUGGACUAAAGAUUGAUUUGAUUUCCAUUAAAGUUUUAAGCAACAAAA